AUGACCCGACCAAGAGUUCCAGACGACAAGAGACAGAGGACUGCGCGUGCUUGUGACUCUUGCAAGCGCAGAAAGCAGAAGUGCAAUGGCCUUCACCCGUGCAACACGUGUAUCAAGAGAAACUUGAUAUGCGACUAUACAGAUGGCCGCGGCCCUGCGAAGCUCAUGUCCGUCCAUGCAACAUCUCCGACAGGCCAGAGCAACGCCUCCGACUCCGUGGACACGGUCGCUGCCACGUCCAGCCGCGAGGCGACGCUCGAAACAUCUCCAAAGAAAGCGACCAAGCAAGGCAAACCCGUGCGACAGGCCAAAAGACGAAGCCGGGGCAAGGCAAAGCGCUCUCCCAAUGUCCAUGAGGCUUGCUCCGUCAGCGAGGGCGAUGAGAGCUCUCGCCAAAGCACAGGGUCGGAAUCAGACGAGGAAGCCGAAAUAAUCGGCCAUAUCCGAAUGCUGCAAGACCCCAUGGAAAGGCUUCUUUACAUUGGAGAUUCAUCCACCCUCUCCUAUCUGCAGUUAAUUCGUAUGAUUGUUUUCAACACUACCGGCCCAUCGGCGUUUACGGAUGACCCCAACCGGCAUCACAUCUUGGAGCCCGCUGCGUCAAUUACUCCAAGUGCCAUGGUUCCCUAUAUGCUACCAAACAGAGAUGUAACGAAUUUUUUAGUUGAGUCUUAUUUUGUGAAUACCAGUGCUCUAAUUGAGCUGUUUGAUGCCAAAACGUUUUAUCAAUAUCUAGAUGCCUGUUAUGAGACCCCGCUAGAGGUCAACUCAUCCACCCUUUGUUUAGUUUAUCUUACUUUGGCGAUUGGUCUUGCUCUUGCAACGCCUGUCCCGAACAGCCCCGAGGAUCUGAUGAUUAAAAGUUUGCAAGAAGCCCCGGAAGAGCGAGCCGAAGCUCUUUUCCGGGCUGCCAAGUGUCUAAGCGAUCCUCUUAACGCAGUUGAACAUGCAGACUUUUGGAUGAUUCAAGCUUGGACAUUGAUGGCGUUUUAUAUGUUGAUUACAUCGAAGCGUAACGCGGCAUACGCAUACUGCGGAAUGGCCGUUCGUUCUGCAUAUUCCCUUGGUAUGCACCAGGAAACUGAAAUGAAGUUUGAGAAUGAAACUGCAAGGCGAAAUGUCUGGAGAAGCCUCUUUGUGCUAGAUAAAUUCCUUGCCACGGCUCUUGGGCGACCUGCUGCUAUAUACGAAGAGGACUGUUCGAGUAAUGUCCUGUACCUACCGGCAGAUCAGUCGCCCAAAUCAGCUCAAGAAGAAGAGGAUAUCAGACAGGCCGGUCUUGAUUCAUCGGUCCGAAUCUACACGACCAUCAGCACAAUGCUCAAGAAAGUUUAUUCAGAGAAAAAGGUUUCAACAAAUUUAGCCCAAGAGAUUGUCGACGACUGCCAGCUAUGGGCUUUGAAUGCCCAUCCGUCUUUGGCGGCAGAGGACCUUCUCAACGGCAAGGCGCCCAAGGAGAUGGGGAUACCCAUCUUACACACGCGGCCAACUAUUUCAAAUGAUGGAGAGCCCUUUCAUCGGACAUUCUCGAGGGCAGAAAAGUUUUCUCAAGCAUGCGUGGCUGCGUCGACUCAUUCCGUGAUGAUUAUUCAGGCGGCAUUCGAAGCAAAGUAUUUGCCGCGGUGUAACCCGUUUAUCUUAUAUUUCCUGUUUGCAGCGACCUUGAUUAUUUUGAGUAAUGAGUUUGCUGGUUUAUACGAGAAUGAACAUUAUGCAGAGUCCGUUGGGAGCGCCAUUAAAAUCAUGGACUACUGCGCAACCACAGAUGUUCAAGCUCAGAGAAUGCUUUACAUUCUGCAGUCGUUUUUGGCAGAUGUCGGAAAGCAUUCAAAGUCUCCGGCCACAAGCGAGCAAUCUGAGCUCCCUUUGCCGGAUGCCUAUAUUGGUGACCCGGAAGAAGUUUUGCAUACCAGAAGACAGAGCCUUACCGCUCGACGCAAUCAGCAGGAACCCUCUACUCCCAUUGGAGGGUCAUCGUCUGAUGUCAUGGAGUACUAUUCUCAUAUGGAGACAGACGCCAGCCAGUCAACUAUUGAUACCCAGGAUAUGGGCCCUCUGGCGAUGAGAGGAGAGCGCUCGAUGAGCUCUGCCACCAAUCCAGCAGUGCCGAGGCGCUCAAGCAUUGGCCCCCAUAUUUACCGGGGAGCAAAUCUAGAGCUUGCAAAGGCUGAACUCAGCCUUGACGAGUUUGACCCCGAUGGCUCCGCUGAGUACCAACAAGACAUGGACUCGGAUGAAAUGAAGGCUUACUCACAUGGCUACAGCUCGGUCAUGAUGUCCCAUGGGGAGCAGCCUGCCUUUCAAGUCCACCAUGGUGGUAACUUUAGAGCUUACAACACUCCCAACAUGUCUUCGGCGGGCAGCCAAGAGGCCGGCUCAGCUCAUUUCGAUGGGCGCUAUUUAUAAAGUGAUGGUAAAAGAUAAGUGAUAUAUAUAUAUACUUUUUUUUUUUUUGAAGAGCUUGGCAGCUCAGGGUAUUAAGUUUAUACAAAGGACGAGAGAAGACUUCCUUCUUCUCCAUUUUCUUAUGUCAUUUUUCUUCUUCUCUGCUCUUUUCAUUUUCAUCUUACAUUUUUACAAUGGUGUUUGUUGUGAGAAUUGUCAGCUUGAAGCUUUCUGGUUUACAUUGAUAUUUUAAACGUGCUGGAAGACUAGACUAGAUGUUUGACGGCAUUCAAAAGGAAGUAAAGAUCUUGUUUCAUUUUCCCCCCCCUUCUGUUUAGUUACUCUUUUUUUUUUUGUGGUUUUUUUUUUUAUUCUCUUUUCCUCUUACCUUUGUCAAUCCUUUAUCAAUCUUUUCCUUUGUUUAUAUUUUUAUGAGUAUAUUUAGUCAUUUGCAUUUAGACAGCAAACAUUCUUUUUUUAUUUACUUCUCUCACUGCCUUCCUUGGUGAACGAACGUAGCCUCUCUUGUGGCUUUAGCCCAGAUCUACGCACAGCUCGUAUAUACCUCCAACCAGCAAGAUUCAAUACAAUAUUCAUCUAAAAUACGAAGCCUACAGAUCUUUCACCACGAGCUUGGGCCAAAAUGCUCCCCCUCCGCAACAUGUGCCCGUAUAGCCGUCCCUUGGUAAUCCAUCGUCGUAGUCACGACAUCAUUGCCCCACCACUUCGGCGGAUCAAUCCCCUGCAUCGUCAGACCAAAGAAGAUGAAGAGCGUGGCCAGCGCCAGGCCCAGAUCCAAGCCAGACGACGUCAAGAAGUUGGAGCGGCUCCACCACCGGAAGUGGCGUUUCUUGAUCCAGAACUGAAAGACGAAGCCGACGAUGCCCCAGGAGAAGUAGUUGAGAGGGGUGGCGGGCGGGAUGGCGCCCGGGCCGCCAAAGAGGAGCGGCGCGAUGAGAUAUUUGACUGGGGAUUUGGGGUUCCUCUUGGCGGCGUAGUAGAUGAUGACGGGGGUGAUGGCGCCGACGAUGAAGAAGAGGAAGAGGCCGGAGUAGAUUUGGCCGGGGGAGAAUAUUCGCCCUGGACCGAUGAGGCCCCAGAUGACGGAUGCUGGGAAAGACAAGGCAAGUUAGAUUCGGCAAGUUAGAUUCGGGGAUACACACGGUAGAUGUAUUCUACAUCUGAUUAAAGGGGGGGUUGAUUUGAUUACAUACCAGAAUAAAAAACUCUCCCACCUGGGCAAGUGAAACGCUCAGGUUGCUGCUCGUCGCACACAUCUGGGAUGAUAUUCAGGGCCGUGUUCAGAACAAGGACUUGAAUGAUGCAGGAGUAAGUCGUAGCAACGACUUGGGCCAUGAACAUUGUCCUGGGAGGAAUCUUCAUGUAAUGGCCAAACUUGAGAUCAGAAACGAAGUUAAGCGCUUGGGACCUGGAGAAGAGAUGAGCAUAUGCUGCUUUUCGUAGUAUAGAAAUUAUAGCAGUCUUUUCUUUCACUCACAUAGUAAUGUAGCCAAAUGUUUUGAAGCUAGGUAGUCAGAUACGUAUAUCACCGUUAGUUUCAAUAAUUCGUUAUUAAUGCAAUGUACAAAUUUGGGAUAAAACGUACAGCAUAAGCGCAAGCGGUCGUCCCGGCUGGAUGUAGCCGUACACAAACUCCGUAAGCACAUUCAAGCCAAUCUGGUUAUUGGUCACGGCUUGAAUGAUGCCAAUGGGCAAGGAGAAGCCAAACGAUAUCAGCACGGCCAAUAAGAAUGCCCACCAGGUGAGGUUGGUUGGGUAGGCGAGCACGGUAUAGAAGCCCAACGCCAGCAUCUAAUCAAAAGUACAAUGAUGUCAGCUGGUGCGGAAUAUGAUGGUUGCC